AUGGUUGAUAUGGAUACUCGGCAAUAUGUAUCAAUAUUUUCGUAUACAAAGAAUCAUACUUUAAAAUAUUGUGCAGAAGAAGAAAUACGUUUAACACAUGAGUUUAUUCAUGAUGAAAUUGAAGCUAUUAAUCAUUCUCUACCACUUUCAUCACUUAAAAUAGUCACACAAAUACAAAAAAAAUCAGCGUCAAUUGGUUGA